AUGUUGUUCCCAACAAACUUUUUGUUAUUUGCCUUGGUUACUCUGGCGUUGACUAUCAGCGAUAACGAUUUCAGUUCAUCCCAAAAUGAAUUGACAACAGGAAGUGGCCACAUUUCCACAAUGCUUGACCAAGUAAUGGAUAUUGAAAAGCGUGGAAAACACAAGACCACAACUGUCAAAGCCAAAAAUAAGAAGAAGACUAAGACUUCAAAGGGCAAAAAUAAGAAAAAGGCCUCAAACAAGGCUGCCGUGAUUGACGACGAUGUUUUACAAGAAGCUGGUACAACUACCAUCACAAACACAAAUGGUGUGGCAUAUAAAAUUAAAUGGCAUCCUGUGAGUACCUCCACUGCAACAGGUGGUAAGGAUAAGGGUCUUGCCCGUUACUUUGGUCUGUUCAGAACCAAAGGUAUUGCCUUGGACUAG